AUGGCAGCGCCCGUGGGACCGGUGAAGUUCUGGCGACCUGGUACAGAGGGGCCAGGUGUCAGCAUCUCUGAAGAGAGACAAAGUCUAGCUGAAAACUCGGCAACAACUGUUGUUUACAACCCUUACGCUGCCCUUUCUAUAGAGCAGCAGAGGCAGAAGCUGCCAGUGUUCAAGCUGAGGAAUCACAUAUUAUACUUGAUAGAAAACUAUCAGACAGUAGUGAUCGUUGGAGAAACAGGAUGUGGGAAAAGCACACAGAUUCCACAGUACCUGGCAGAAGCUGGCUGGACGGCCGAAGGAAAAGUGGUGGGAGUCACCCAGCCCCGAAGAGUGGCUGCUGUUACGGUUGCAGGGAGAGUGGCUGAGGAGAGGGGAGCGGUGCUGGGCCAUGAGGUGGGCUACUGUAUCCGCUUUGAUGACUGCACCAGCCCGCUGGCCACGAGAAUUAAGUUUCUGACCGAUGGAAUGCUGGUCAGGGAAAUGAUGGUUGAUCCUUUAUUAACAAAAUACAGUGCCAUCAUGCUGGAUGAAGCCCACGAGAGGACCUUGUACACCGACAUUGCCAUUGGUCUGCUGAAAAAGAUUCAGAAGAAGCGAGGGGAUCUUCGACUGAUUGUGGCUUCAGCCACUUUGGAUGCAGAGAAAUUUCGGGAUUUCUUUAAUCACAAUGACACCAGUGACCCAACCAGGGAUACGUGUGUGAUCCUUACAGUGGAAGGGCGAACAUUUCCAGUGGACAUCUUUUAUCUACAGAGUCCUGUUCCAGAUUACAUCAAAUCAACCGUAGAAACUGUGAUGAAAAUUCACCAGACUGAGGGAGAUGGAGACAUAUUAGCAUUUCUCACUGGUCAGGAAGAGGUGGAAACUGUCGUGUCAAUGCUGAUUGAGCAGGCUCGAGCGCUGGGUCAGACUGGGAUGAAGAGACACCUCCGGAUUCUCCCCAUGUAUGCAGGACUGCCCUCCUUUGAGCAAAUGAAAGUGUUUGAAAGGGUGUCACGCAGUGUCAGAAAGGUGAUCGUGGCCACCAAUGUAGCAGAAACCUCCAUCACAAUCAGCGGGAUUGUGUACGUGAUUGACUGUGGCUUCGUGAAGCUCCGGGCCUACAACCCCAGGACAGCUAUCGAGUGCUUGGUGGUGGUCCCAGUGUCCCAGGCAUCAGCCAACCAGCGAGCAGGACGUGGUGGCCGCAGCCGCUCAGGGAAAUGUUACCGCCUUUAUACAGAGGAAGCCUUUGACCAGCUGCCUCAGUCCACUGUCCCUGAGAUGCAGCGGAGCAACCUGGCCCCCGUCAUCCUGCAGCUGAAGGCGCUAGGGAUCGACAACGUCCUCAGGUUCCACUUCAUGUCGCCACCUCCAGCGCAGUCGAUGGUCCAAGCACUGGAGUUACUCUAUGCUCUGGGAGGUCUGGACAAAGACUGUCGCCUAACUGAACCGCUUGGCAUGAGAAUAGCAGAGUUUCCUUUGAAUCCCAUGUUUGCAAAAAUGCUGCUUGAAUCAGGGAAUUUUGGCUGUUCUCAGGAAAUUCUAAGCAUUGCCGCCAUGAUGCAGAUCCAGAAUGUCUUUGUGGUCCCCUCAAACCAGAAGUCUCAGGCUAUUCGAGUGCACCGGAAAUUUGCCGUGGAGGAGGGUGACCAUCUUACCAUGCUCAAUGUGUAUGAAGCAUUUAUCAAACACAACAAGAACUCCCAGUGGUGUCAGGAGCAUUUCCUAAACUACAAGGGUCUCGUCAGAGCUGUGACAGUGAGGGAGCAGUUGAAAAAGCUUCUCGUCAAGUUUCAAGUGCCCAAGAAAUCUAGUGAAGGUGAUCCAGAUCCAGUUCUGAGGUGCAUCGUUUCCGGAUUCUUUGCAAAUGCCGCCAGGUUUCAUUCUACUGGAGCUUAUAGGACCAUCCGUGAUGAUCAUGAAUUGCACAUCCACCCAGCAUCGGUCCUCUAUGCAGAGAAGCCGCCUCGCUGGGUUAUCUACAAUGAAGUUAUGCAAACCUCCAAGUAUUACAUGAGAGAUGUGACCGCCAUUGAGUCUGCUUGGCUGUUGGAGCUGGCUCCACACUUUUAUCAGCAAGGAACGCACCUGUCCCUAAAAGCCAAGAGGGCCAAGGUCCAGGACCAGUGAGCAGAGCUGGCGGCCGCUGCAGGGGCUGCUCGGUGUCCCCUCCUCCACGCUGUCACCCCCGGCCCAGGGUAGACAAGCUGGCGUCGGCUCCUGUGGACCCUUCAGCGGCUCUGCAGUGGGCUGCAGCCCGUUCACAGCCCCCUCCUGCCCGCUCCCCUCAGCAUCUGCAUUCCUCGCUGGGAUCCAGAGGAGUCUGGGCCUGGGCAGGCGUCCUGCUGCGCAGGAGUUGGAAAGCCCGUGCUCUUGGCUCACCCAGCACCCUCCCUGGCCCAGCGUGCCCCUGUCACCAGGCAUGAACUCCAGCCCAGCUUCAUGGGGAGCAGGGAGGAAGGUGGACUGCUGCAGACUGAAGCACCACAUGGGGUGGGCAGGGCUUUGCUGGGCUGGCCUUGCUCUCCCUGCUGGGACCCCUCCUUUAUUGACCAGUGAGGUCCUUGGCCAAGUGUGGACAUGGCGCAUAUCUAUGAUGAGACCCUGGAAAUGCGGCGGAUUUCUGCCAGUCACCCAGGGGCAUGUUUAAUGGGCACCGGGGCUCUCAAGCCAAGUAGCUUCUGUUUCCCUCUGCCCAUGUUCCUGUUUGUCUGCAUUUGGGAGAUUUGCAAGGAUUGGCAGUCAACAGAGAGGACUCCUGUGCACACGGCUCCUUGGCUUCACAAGCAGCUUAGCUCCCCUUCCGCGCACGGUACCAUGUCCCAAUGCCACUAGUGAAAGCUCAUCUGCUCGAAACCCAUCCCAGAUCUUCGGUAGCAGAAAUUCACAACCGUUUAGAGGCUCUAAGCUUCUGUAGCUCAGGAACAUACCUUGUCCGUUUGUCUUCUGUGUGUUUGCUUGGGUUCUUGUGAGAAGGCGGGGGCCCUUCCAGCAGGCACUGGUGUCAUCGUCCCCGGGGCUGCUUGGCUGGGAUGAUGUCUGCAAGCACAUAGCUUGAAAGUUUAUUUUUGUACUGAUCCUAGUUUGGAUGUGCCACUUUUGGCACCAAACGUGUAUGUCAUUUUUAUUUCUGUUUUAUAAACAUGUAAAUAAUAGUGGUCACUUGUUAAUAAUAGUAAACCUUUAUACUUAAAGUAAAUGUAGUC